CUCUCUCAAAUCCAUUACAUUAUUUCACCAACCAGAAAAAAAAAAUACAGUAAAUCCGAUCGUCACCAAUCAUGGCCCUCACCGCCAAAAUCCACGUCCUGAUCUUCCCCUACCCAGCACAAGGGCACAUGCUCCCUCUCCUCGACCUAACCCACCAGCUCGCCACCCGCGGCGUCUCCAUCACCAUCCUCGUCACCCCCAAAAACCUCCCCAUCCUAGACCCCAUUCUCUCCGAGCACCCCUCUAUCAAAACCCUGGUUCUUCCUUUCCCUCCUCACCCCUCCAUCCCUCCGGGCCUCGAGAACGUUAAAGACCUUCCCAUCCAAGCCUUCGUCUCCAUGAUGUGCGCCUUGCGUGAACUCCACCGCCCCAUCGUUGACUGGUUCGGGUCCCACCCCGAUCCUCCCGCUGCAAUCAUCUCCGACAUGUUCCUCGGCUGGACACAUCACCUCGCUGUCGAACUCGGGAUUAAGAGGUUCGAGUUCUCGCCGUCCGGGGCUUUAGCGCUCUCCGUUAUAUACGGGUUGUGGUGGAGCAUGCCUAAAAAAGAUGACCCUAGUGAUGAGAGUCAGGUAGUCUCGUUCCCGGAGAUUCCGAACUGUCCGAAGUACCCCUGGUGGCAGCUCUCCACCGUGUACAGGUCGUACGUGGCGGGAGACCCUGUUUCGGAAUUUAUUAAAGAAGGGUUUUGGGGGAAUAUGAAGAGCUGGGGACUGGUUAUAAACUCGUUCUCCGAGUUGGAGCGAGUUUAUAUCGAGCAUUUGAGGAAGGUCUUGGGACACGACGACAGGGUUUGGGCCGUCGGGCCGUUGCUCCCUCCGGACAAUGAUCACCCCUCUGGGCCCGUACAGAGGGGCGGCUCCAGUACGGUUUCGGUGGAGGAGAUUAAGUCGUGGCUGGACGAGCGGGAGGAUCAAACGGUUGUUUACGUUUGCUUUGGGAGUCAGGCGGUGUUGACGAAUGAUCAGGUGAGAGAGUUGGCGUUAGGGCUGGAGAAGAGUGGGGUCAGUUUCAUCUUGUGUGUGAAGGAGCCCACCAAGGGAGGACACGUGUGCGCUGGCAGUUGCGCCACGCCGCGAGGGUUCGAAGAUCGAGUGGCAGGAAGGGGGCUUGUGAUCCGAGGGUGGGUCCCACAAGUGGCGAUUUUGAGGCACCGGGCUGUCGGCGCGUUCUUGACACAUUGCGGGUGGAACUCGGUGCUCGAAGGGGUUGUGGCGGGUGUGGCGUUGCUGUGUUGGCCGAUGGGGGCCGACCAAUUUAGCAACGCUACAUUGUUGGUGGAACAAUUGAAAGUAGGAAUUAGGGUGUGUGAGGGUGGACAGACCGCACCCGAUUCAAAUGUGUUGUCACGAGCGGUGGCAGAUUUGGUGAGUGAGCAGCAUGCCGAGAUCAGAAAACGGGUGAAGGCGCUGCGAGAAACGGCAUUAGCCGCCGUGAAAGAAGGUGGAACUUCAGUAAAGGUACUGGACGAGUUGGUGGAACAUUUAGCUACACUGUAA